AUGGCACAGAUGUUGAUACAGGGUCCAGACCCGCGCCUGAAUCUGGCUGGCACCUUGAACUGCCAUCCCAGCGAUAAGGGAUACCAGGCUCAGGUCAGUUCCCCAGAAGAACAGAACACCAACCUGAAGCAAUGGGGCCAGACCUCAUUUGUCUGUGAGGGCACCUCUGAGGAAACAGAAGAAGAAAAGCGAGAGCAUCGAAGAUGUGUGCACUUUGCUUCCCGUGGACCUUCGGCAACCGGAAAAGGUGAGUGCGACGCCAUCCCACCCGUCGGGGAACGACCUGGUUACUAA